GAUACCUGGCUGCUCUAUCGAUAAACUGCCGCUCCACCUAUCGGCCACCUCAUAGCGUAGCAUUCGUUGAGUGUCGGUGGUUCAGUUUGUUGGAAACAGUGAAGAGUAGUGGUCGCGUUUCGCAGUUCUUGGAGUGGAGACUUUCCAAACCGGAGAAAUACGUAAACCACUGAGAGUCGCACAGUAAUAUAAACACAAACAUUUUUUUUACGUGCCGCGAGUGACGUUUGAACAGAAACCCUGGAGUGGCAAACAUGACCUCCUGAAACCCACUAAGCAUCGCAAUGUAUGCCGCCUCGAUCCUGAUCCUGCACCUGACUUGGGCCGUGGCCACGAUCGCGGCCAACGGUGCCGGCCAUAAUGGCCCGGUGGCAUCCGGAGCAGGGCCUAACGGAUUGCAGUGCCAGCCCAUCGCCGUGUCCGCCUGCCAAGGCCUCGGCUACAACAUGACCGCACUGCCCAACCUGGCAGGUCACACCAAUCAGCUGGAGGCUGAGCUCCAGAUUGCCAAACUGGUGCCACUAAUAGAAUCCGGCUGCUCGCGUCGCGCCCGCUUUUUGCUCUGCUCGUCUCUGUUUCCGCUGUGCACGCCGGAUGUGCCACGCCCCGUUGCCGCCUGCAAAUUGCUGUGCGAGACUGUUAGGGGCGAGUGUAUGGAAAACGCUCCGCCGGAACUGAUGGAGCUGUGGCCUUCGUUCCUUAACUGCGACGGACUGCCGCAGCCGGAGAAGCACGAGUUGUGCAUGCAGAUUCCACAGGAGGUGGCUGUGCCAGGCGGGAGUCCAAGUGGUCCGCCCACCACUGGUUCACCUGGCGUCGAAGAUCACCCGCAGACGUACCGCUUUUGGAAAAGCGGAGCAUCUCCCACCUCUGACUUGGCUGGCGUCUUGUGCCCGCAAAACUUUAGCGGCAGUCCCUUUAAUCCGGAGGAGUGCGUGCCCCAGUGUCAGCGGGACGCCUUCCACACGAGCUCUCAGAAGAAGACGUCUGAGACCCUCAUUCUAGGCCUCUCGGCCGUCUGCUUCGUCCUGACACUGUUCGCCUUGGUGACCUUCUGGGCGGAGCCCACCAGGUUUGGCUACCCCGAGAGACCAGUGCUCUUCCUGUGCCUGUGCUACAACCUCUUCAGCGUGUGCUAUCUGGAGCGAAUCGUGUUCCACAAUCAAGCAAGGAUGCAUGACGUCGAGCUGCAAUGGCGGCUGAUGCGACCGGGUUGCUUGCUGACGCCCCCUUGCCUGGCCUCCUACAUAACCACCUCCUAUUUAAGCCUGUGUGCAGCCAGCUGGUGGCUGAUAUUUGCCCUGUGCUUCUACCUGUCCUCCCACAAAAAGUGGUCCAGCGAGGCGCUGGAAAAGAGGUCCGGGCUGUUCCACGUUCUGGCCUGGGUGCCACCGCUGGCGCCCCCCAUUGCCGCCCUGCUGCUGGAGAAGGUGCGUCCGAGUGAGCUGACUGGGAUGUGCUACGCACCGGGAUUUGUGGAGCUGCCAGCACUGGUCCUGCUCCUGCUUGGGCUGUACUUCACCCUGAGAGCCUCCAGGUCUCUGCUCUCCCUGCAGCAACAGUUGCAGCCCACCCUGGCCCACCACCGAUUCGGGCAGAUCCGGAAGCGCUUUGUGCUCUUCUCCCUGCUGUACUUCGCACCCACGACCGCCGGCGUCGUGGCGGCUCUUUGCGAGCGGUACGCGGAUUCAGUGCCCAGCUGCUCCACACCCGAUGACUGCCUCUCACCCACUCCGCUCAGUGCCUGGCCAGCGUUGGUCCGGAUCUUCUUCCAGCUGGUGGGCGGAACGUUGACAGGGUUGUGGGUGUGGUCGCGCAAAACCUGCGAGAGCUACAGAAAUCGGCUGGGUGCCAGCGGCACACCCACCUCAUCCCUGAUGAAUCAAAGCAAGGCGGCCGGGGCUUUGCCCAAAAAGCAUUUGUAUACGAGUGGGAAAUCCAUGCUGCCCACGGGGGGAAUCACUCCUCUAUAUGCUGGUAUUAGUUUUCACAAUGUGCCCGUCUACAACCCCAACCAAUCGAGAGUUUAGGGGAUCUUUUAGCCCACAUGGGGGGCUCUAGAAAAAUCUCGAACUCUACUAUUGUACAUAUAACAUAUACAUACAUCAUAGAAGGCUUUGAGCCGCGGUGAGAGAACAUGAUCGAACAUACGCCUAGUUUUUAAGCCCGAAAAGGAGAAACUGAAAUGUGUUAAUAGCUUUAUAGAUCGCGCUCCCCCAAGUACCCAUCACCUCCAGUUUUUAUUAGUAGUUCUCUAGCUAGUCCUAAGCCUGUAAAUAGUAAAACGUUUUAUUCAUAGUAGAAUGAAUUGUAAAUAAAUUAUAUGAAUCAAAAAUGAAUGUCGUUCAAAGUGGGCUCCAAAUGCAUUAGGAACUCAAGAUAAGCAAGAUAACCACUGCGCGUUCUCACGGCAUCUCCGUCAGCCACAAGGCUCAACACUUCGCAAGCCCCAUUUACUAUAUGUGGGUUAAUGAUGCAAAAGUUGUCGCUGCAAUGAGCUAAGGGAUGGAUGGUGGGUAGGAAUUCCGACGGAUCGCUUAAUUGCAACAAAAUGGCUAAUUUAGUUAUGCUAUUGUCUGCGCUCCGAGCCGUGGCAAUUAGAAGGAAAAUGCUUAAUGACAGAUCUCGACGUUGGUUGCCAUCGGUUGCCGACUGGUUAUGCUCCGCCGCACCUCCACCUGUGGCUCUGCGUAUUCUUUCCCCUGUAUAUGUUUGUACAUUUUGCGGACACUCCAACUCUUUCGUAUGCCAUUCAAGUACCACCUGUAUUCGGACCAAGCGAAAUAUGGUGGACCUAAAAUUAUCAAACAUGGUGGUCAUGUUUAUAAAUGAGUAAAUUACCUAAAAACUAAGAUUGUUUUUUUUACUUAGAUGGGAUGUGACACCCUAACACCCGAUUCUUUAGCACAGACACUUUCCCUGCUCUCUGGAUGUUUGGGCUGCGUCAGAACACGGGUAAUUGGUAUCAACCGAGGCACAAUUAAUUUGAUUGAAGCUGCCACACCGCAUGCCGCUCCAACGAACAACGAAUCCAUCCUACAAAUUGCCGGCCGUCGUGGCAGGCAACAAGCCGAAACACUGCGGCAACAUCGGCACAAUAGCAACAGCAACUGUGCAGCAAGCGUGCAAUUAACUCUUGUGCGCCAAGAUCAAAGCGAUUAAUGCGGCCCCAAGUUCCCAGACGAAGGGACGGAGGCCAGGGCAUUUGGAGCAGCGAAGGGCAAGGAACGGAAACCAAGACAGAGACGAG